UGGCACUCCAAGGAAACUUUGCCCCAGGGAGAUACGACUCCACAGUGUCCAUGCACUUUCAGAUAUGUGAUUCAUUUUCAUGGCUGGCUUUAAAAAAAACAUGCUAAAAAGAUUUUUUUCAUUUUGAAGAACUUCAGAAGCUUAUAUAGACAGGGCACCAAUGGGACAAUCCCUGAGCUGCUACAAUCCUGGAAGCAAGACAUCUCAGCGGCCACUGAAGAACAAGCACCAGCUGAGUGCAGCAUGUAACUUUGCAGAGCUUCUCGGGCCGGGUCGUGUGGACCUGAACCGGGCCUCAGAGGAAGAGCUGAUGACCCUGCGUGGGGUGGGUCGCACCCUGGCCCGGGACAUUGUGGCUUACCGGACCCGGAUCGGGGGCUUCCGCAAGGUGGAGGACCUGGCACUGGUCACUGGGAUGGGCGCCACCAGGAUGGCGCAAAUGAAAUCCGAGGUGUUUGUUGGGGAGUCAGGGUCGGCCCCUAACCUGUUCAGCUUGGACCUCCUCUCCUCCACUAGAGUAGACAUCAACAGGGCCUCACUGGGACAAAUCCAGGGGCUGGCUGGGGUUACUGAGGAGGUUGCCCAGGGGAUCCUGUUCCACCGGACCACGCAAGGGCCUUUCAGGAGGGCUGCGGAGCUUGGCAACAUCAAGGGGGUCGACCCCGCCCUACUCGCCCGCCUUCUACCCCAAAUUACUGUGGGGCUCCCCAGGCCUGCCUCCACUUACCCAGACUUGUGGAGAGAGGGGCUGGGCAGGCCCAAUGCAGCUGCCUCCUUUCACAGCCUCCGGGAGGUGGAUAUGGGGCUCCCCCCGGGCUGGGUAGUCCCCGUGCGUCCUCUCUCCCAGCCCUUCUCUGGGGUGCACAAUGGCAGGCCAGUGUUGCGGGUGGCCAGCUGGAACCUGAGAGAGUUCAGCACAGAGAAAGCCCAGAACCCUGGGGUGCGGGAGGUGAUAUGCAGGACACUGCUGGAGAACGGGAUCCAGCUGCUGGCUGUGCAAGAGGUUUUACAGGAAGAAGCUCUUGAGAAGGUUUGUCUGGAGCUGGAGAAGCCCAGCACUGCAGGUGUACGCAAGUGGCCGGGAGACAGGGGGACCUGGCGUUACGUUCUGAUAGACGCUCCCCAGGGACAAGAGACUCAGGAAGUAGAAAGGGUGGCCUUCCUAUGGGACUGCAGUUCUGGGUUAGAGUUGCUCCAAGCCGUCACCGUGGAGACCCAAAAAGAAGGAGUGAGUGGGCCGCACAGCCAGCCACUGCUGGGGAGCUUCAAGAUGGGAGAUCUAGAAUUCAGCCUCAUCAACCUGCACCUGAGGCCUGACUCCCCGGCCAGAACUGGACAGCCUGCAGAAGCCUCUCUGGACCUGCUGAAACUGGAACCUCUGAAGCCCUUCCUUCAAGAUUUGUUUGAGAAGGCGCUGCUGACUUUGGGUCACUUGGGUCUGAGCCCGGACGCCAGUGAGUUUGCUGUGCUGAGGGAAAAACAGCUGGAGCCCCUGGUCUCUGCCGACUGUUCCACCGAGCUGACGGGAAAUGGUGGGGAGGGGGAAGGUUCACUGCAAAACAUCUGGGCCAGUCACACAGCACAGGACUCUUACACAGGUCGCUGGGGGGUGAUACGAUUGGGUCUGAGCAGUCCCUGGAUCCCUGACGGAUGGUCCUGGGGAGGCAUAGUGUCCACUCACUGCCCAGUGUGGGUGGAGCUUUAUAUGAAGUAGCCAAUCGACAUCACUGUUGCUGACCACUCUAAUGUCACAGUAACUUUUGACUUGCCCAAUAUGGGCGGAAAGCAGAAAACUUGUCAAAUGGCAAAAACUUUGCUCAGGAGACUUUUGUUUCAAUUGCUUUUUCUGUGGGAAUUCUUCUAUAAUCUGGUCUAUAGCGGGUGGUUUUCUUUUUUUUGUUUGUUUUAUUUCAGAAUUAUUGUUAAUUCAUACCAACGUAACUGACCAGAUCCAAACCGAUUACGGCUGAUGGAAAGCAGGAAUGAGUAACAGAAUUUUAUGUGCCUGCAUAGAAUUAUUAAAAAAAAAUUAUGAGAGGAGAAUGAUAUGGUAACACUAUUAAAGUAAACAGCAUGUAGUAAGAUCCGUCCACUGUUGACGACCCUCAUGAUCUCUUGCAAGUAUUUAUUUGGUCUGAACAGGGAAUUAUUUUGUACUUUACUUUACCCGCAGGCUGUUUAUCGGCCCAGUGUAUUAAUUCCAUUUCACUUAUGAAUAUAUCGUAAAUAUUUUUUUAAACUUUGUUGACUUGCCUUUUCUAAAUUUUCACAUUAAAAAGCAGCACACCAUUUUAA